UUUACAACCAUGAUCGCAAGUAUCGCGGCAAGCUUUGUUUUGGCUCCAGCAUUUUGCCAUCCCACAAUCAUCGCAGCGAGGCGGCCACAUGGGGCGCUGGCCAGGGGGCUCCGGACAGCCAGCGGGAUCAGCAUGUCAGAGAGGCGCCGUUGAGACCCACGGCAGGGUUGCCAUGAAGUUCGCCGAGGAGGACUGCAUGUGGGCCAGCGGCGCGACCAUCCGGAAUACAUUUAUCCACUACCCGACCACCAGCGAGGACGAGGACGAGGCCUGGGCCGCCCCGCCGCAGGCCCGCCCCGCGGCGGGGCCGUGCCUGCGCGCCCGCUCCGCGCCGGCGCCCGCGUGCCGCCCGGAGGCGCCGCUGCCGGCGCCCGCGGCCGCGGUGCCCGCGGCGACCCCGCACCGGCGCGGGACCCCCUGCGCGAAGAAGCCGAGGAGCCGCCGCGGCGCGGAGCGGAGCGGCAGCCUCUCGGGCAGCACGGCGAGCCUGGAGGACCACGCGGCCUGGGAGACCAGCACGGCCGACUCCGAUGGCCCCGGCUCCGAGCAGGGCAGUGCGCCCGCGUCUCCCGUGGCCUGCGACCGUCUCGACCCGGACUGCCGGGCGACGGCCGAGCGCAUCGUCAAGCUGAUCAGUGAGCAGUGCGGUUUCUUGCUCGUCCGUGGCCACGGCGUGUACCCGGAGAACGGCGAGCGCAUGCGCCAGAGGGGCAUCGCCGCCACCCUGCGGUUCUACGUGUACGGGCUGCCCUGGGCCAAGCGCGCCAAGUGGCUGCAGCCGCUGCAGCGGUCCGUGGCGGCGGUGGUCCAGCGCACAGAGCCGUGGGUCAUCGUCCGCGGCGGCGUCCUCUUCGCGCCCAUCGACAUGAGGGCCGCGAGGAGUCCCUCGGGCGAGUCGCGUGACCAGACGCUGGCCGAGUUCUACGCGGCGCGGCCCGACUUGCCCCCGGGCGACCACCACCUGGUGUCCGAGGCACUCAACAUGCCCAGCUCUCAGCGGCACCCCCGCGCGGCGCCCAUGCGAAGAGCUCACGACGGCUGUCGGGUGCGUCGGCGUGAAGGCCUUCGUCGCGGGCCUGCCCGCAACCCUGGGCGUCAGGCACAGCGCCGCGCUGGCCCGCUUCCUGCCGCGGCUGAAGGCCGACGUGUGCAUGCGCAUCGACUUCGCCGCGGCGCGGCAAUGAGGCCUUCGGCGCGGCGGCGCACGGGGGCUGGCGCCCUGGCGCUGCGCCGCGGCGGCCUCGGCUCCGCGCGUCGCGGCGGUGGUGGGGCCACGCCGCGGCGCGCAGGGCGCUCCUGCUGCUGCUGUCCCUCCCUCCCUUUCUCCUUGCUCUUUGCCCCAUCUCGUGGGGACCUUUUCCUCUGCUUCUGCUCCUCCUCCCUGGCCUCCCCUCCCUCUGACACCCUGACCUUUGUGUUGGCACAUUCUGAGAUGGAGGGCAAAGACUAUCCUCCCCCACAGUGUAGCUAGGAUACUUAGCAAGGAUCUCACGCUUGAUCCCUGCGGUUGAGUAGUUAGUUCGGAAGCUUGGCGCACGCGUGCAGGGUUCGCACCGCUCAGUGCACCAUUGGUCUAUGACAGUGGGCCAUCCAGUCUGUAAAUGCGGAACCGACUGGAAGGCCCGGCGGAUCGGUGAAGACAUUUGCCAUCCCCGCCUCUCGUUCGCACGGACUUGUGCCGCGAAGUCGUUGGUCUUUUAGCAGAGGAACCGUCGGCGAAGCCGGUACGACCUCCAGCACAAAACUCCGUUCCUGGCAGUUUCCAGCGUAGACAGGCAUUUUUUCAGCCAUUUCCGCCGCGCGGGCUUUCCAAUGUAGUCAGCCGUCUCAUCCCAGCUUCUCUGUUUGCAUUGCGCUGCUCGGAGAAGAAAGUGCUGUUCUCACGACCUUGCACUCCUGCCUGAGGUGGUC